AUGCAUAUGCUUAGUGGCAGUUUAUUGAGUCUAUACAGCGAUGCUGGAGAUUUUGGAGAAGUUCCAAUUCAGGGAGCCGUACAAUUCAAAUUGCACUAUGAAGAAGCUAAAAAAGAAUUCCAGAUCCAUGUGGUGCAGUGCCGAGGAUUGGCAGUAGCUAACAUGAGAAAGUACACCUCUGAUCCGUAUGUAAAGACCUAUCUUCUUCCUGACCGCACUAGACCUAGCAAACGCAAGUCAUCUGUAAAGAAAGCUUCACUGAAUCCUCAAUAUAAUGAAACCCUGAAGUACAAAAUAAAGAAGCAAGAACUUCUGAAUCGAACUCUGAAUGUCUCCGUGUGGCACAAUGAUACUCUUGGUCGGAAUGUAUUCCUUGGAGAAACAGAGGUGGAGAUGACUAGCUGGGACUGGAGAAAUAACACACCGAAUUGGUACACCUUGCAGUCCAAGCCAUCCAGUCUACCGGAAGGAAACAUCAAUAGAGGAGAAAUCCGUGUGGCACUUAAGUAUAUUCCGGCAGAAUCAAUAGAUGGGAUCAAGCCAUUCAGCGGGGAAAUUCACAUAUGGCUAAAAGAAGCAACACAGUUACAGCCUCUAAAGCCUGGUGGUGUAGACUCUUUUGUGAGAUGUUAUAUUUUACCAGAUACCAGUAAGAAGAGCAGACAGAAGACCCGAAUAGUAAAGAAAAGCCUUAAUCCAAUCUAUAACCAUACUAUGGUGUACGAUGGAUUUAGGCUGGAUGAAAUAAUGGAGGCUUGUGCAGAACUAUCCAUCUGGGACCAUGAAACCUUCACUAAUCAGUUUCUUGGAGGAAUUCGCCUUAAUCUAGGCACAGGUAGUAGUUAUGGUCAUCAUGUGGAUUGGAUGGACUCAAAUGAAGAAGAAACUGCUGUCUGGAUGGACAUGAUAUCCAAACCUAAUCAGUGGGUGGAAGCAGUACUGCCUCUCAGGUCUUCUAUGACAAAAAGGAAGUGAUGAGUGAUUUUUCAGUUAAUGCUUCCUCUGACUUUAAGUGCUUAAAUAUAAUUUUCAUAAUUUGCUAGUGUCAAGAAAAAUGAUAUAAAAUGUACUGUUUUCAUUUAAUGUCUAUACUUUAAGGGGUGAUGGGUUCCAGAAACAGGCCGAAGUUCAAAAGAAUUGUAGUGAAGAGGAGUGUUUAAAGAAUGAUAAAAAUACUUGGUGAUUACAUAAAUUGGUAUGCUUCUGAAGAGCAAAGACAGAAGAAAACUAGACAUGAAAAUUGAAGAGUUUAAAAAACACAUUUAGGUAUCUGAAAGCAAAGAACUGUAAAGUUAUAGGGAUGAAAAGUGUGGGCGGUUAAUUUUUCUUUGAAUUACAAUACUGAAAUUUGGAAUAUGUUGAAACUGCGUGUGCUCAUUAUUAAAGUGUUAAUGAAAUGUCAAAUAAAAUAUUAAACAGAUUGAACAAGCAUAUAUCAUUUACUUUGAGGCUAAUUGUAAUCAACAAACAUUUUGGCAAGCAUUUUAUCCAAACUCUGUUAAGCCUUUUAUCGAAUUAAAACUUGGUUGUGAAUAUAUUUUUCAAAUUAAAACCUGAAUCCAUCUCUUGUUUUUAUUAUAGUAGAUUUUUGAUUGAGCAAGCAAUUCAUAUGGAGUACAAAAUGGGUACACCUAAGUUUCCUCAAUCAAAAUCAAACCAACAUUUAAAGCAAAUCUGAGAGCUCAAGAUUCAAAAUAAAUUGAAUUUCAAAGUUAUUGCAUGCAAAAUGGUUUUAAAUGUUUUAUCCUGUAAGAGUAGCCAUGCUGAAUAAA